CUUGCAGAGCCUUUUGCCAACCUCACGGCGACCUCUGUGCACGGAUGGACCCGCCCGGACCCGGCGGGAAGCGGCCUGGCAGGCGGCGGCGUUGGCGGUAUCAGCAGAGAGAGGACAGGGCCGAAGCUGCGGGUCCUUGAGGCGUGCGUGCCCACCGGGCCCGGCGGCGGCACCAUGAUGCCGGGGGAGACACACUCAGCGGCGCCCGCGACGGCUGCAGACCUCUCGCGGUGUCAGGGCUGUGCCUCCCUGCAGCAGAAUCUGAAUGAAUAUGUUGACGCAUUAAUUACCUUGAAACAAAAAAUUAUCAAUACGGAUAAUUUGUUAACAGAAUAUCAGAAGAAAUGUGAUGAGCUGCAGUUUGCAAGAAGAGAGAAUACUACCCUACAUCACCAAGUGGAACAGAUGCUUCAAAAAAUUUCUCCUCUGCAGAAAUGUCAGGAAGAGCUGGGAUCUUUAAAAGCAGAGCUAGAAGAAAAAAAGAGUUCUCUAAAGUUGUAUCAGGAUACUCAUCAGGAGUAUGCUCGGGUAAAAGAAGAAUGCUUGAAAAGUGAUGCUCAGAAGAAGAAACUAGAAGCUAAGGUGAAGAAGCUGGAAGAGGCUGCUGUCAAGCAAACUCAGGACUUCAAGCAACUGAGAAAUGAAAAGAAAAUACUUGAAAAGGAAUUUAAGAAGACACAGGAACGGCUUGGUGAAUUUUCUAAACAGAAAAAUGAAAAGGAGUUGAGACAUAUUGGAACGCAAAUUUCAAGUGAUUCCUAUGGCAGCAUAGAUAAAAGAAAAGUGAAACUGCUUCUCAAGGAACUCUGGCUCUGUGUGAACACAACCCAUAGACUACCUGGCGAGGGCAGCGGAUACGUCCCAGAAAAACCUGCCAUAGAAAAUACCAGAUCCAGAGUACCCAGGAAAGAUGGCACACUACCUCCAGCACAGGGGGAUCCCCUCAGGACCUCAGAUGUGCAGACAUGCCUCACAAAAUUGUCCAUGGAGAUAGAGGGGGACUUUCCUUCAUAUAAAAGUAUGGAAAAAGAGAGACUCAGCGGAGCACAUUACAGUGCGAACCGUGUUUGUGAGGAGGAUGGGAAUCCUGAGGUUUUAAUGCAGAGUCACAAUGAUGGUGACAGUACUGACUUUUCUGACCAUGAUCAUUUUUUUGAUGAUGAUCUUCAAGCUGCAAUUGACUUCUUCAAACUUCCCCCUCCACUUCUGUCCCCAGUGCCCUCCCCGCCUCUGAUGGCAUCGUCACAUCCGGCUUCCUCACCUUCUUCACUUGCACCUGAAACUUACUUUGGAGAAUAUACAGAUUCUAGCGAUAAUGACUCAGCCCAGCCUAGAAGUUCUACUGAGUAUGUUUCAGAAGAUGAUACAACAGAAUCACAGAAUUGUUUUGGCUCAUUCCGAAAAAAUAAAGAAAGUGGCACAUGGGAGAAUAAGUCCAAAUCACACGGACAUACCCAAGCUCUACGUGCAUUGGAAAUAAAUAAAAUGGCAACUUUUGGAUUGGAGACUUUACCAGCAACACUGAGAGCACCUUUAGCCCAUGAAAAACACUGGACAGUGUCAUCUCAAUUUGUCAGUGAUAGAAAAGGAGAAAUUUUACAAGAGGCAAAAACACAGACAGAGCUGAGGGAGAAGGACACGUGGGUGCAAACUGAGCGGACAUCUCCCGAGCGCCCCCCAAGCCUGGGCUUCGAAAAGUCACCUGGCAGCCCCGCCCAGGGGGUGGACGCUGCCCCUGCAGCAUCAGCACUGUGGCUUUCUCCCCUUGGCAAGAGGCCAUUGCAUGAACUCAGUGAAUCUGAAGGAGAAACCCUAUCGUCCAAAGCAAUAGGGUCCCCCAAAUCAGAGUUGACUAAGUGGACGCUAACUGAUGAAAUAACUUCUGAAUCAAUCUGUAGAACAGGUUCUGACCAUUUUCAGAGAGCAUCUAGAGAUAUGGAAACGCAAACAGAAGAUAUGCAAGGGGUUGUUUUGGGAGAAUCCCCUGAAUCAGACAAUGACAGUGAUACAGUAGACACAGAAGGGCUCGAUGUCGACGCCAGUGUUUCCUCCUCUUCUACCUCAGUAGCUUUGUCUGUGUGUAGCAACCCCCAGUCAUUUUCUGGGUUGCAGUCUGUUAAUGAUAUAGAUAUUCCAACUAACAUGUUCCCUGCAGAACUGCAUCAUUCAAAACAAAAAUUACAAACUAAAACUUUAAGCACAUUACAUCUGCCAUCUGAGCCACCAGAGUGUUCCAUGGGAAGAAACAGCCAGGCGGGUACCUUGCAUGCUGUGAGCCCUGAAUUAAGAGCAUCUCAUUUUAAUGAUCAGAAGAGCAGUAAGAUAGAAUGUGCAAAAGUUGUAAAAGGCAUGACCAAGAUAAAUUUACUUACCCCGUCAGUAUUUACGAUAGCUGCAGGAGACAGGCAAUGUGAGAGUCGAGACCCAAGAGCUAAGCUCACCCUAAGGAAGCCAGACUUCCUUCGGGCCGGCCUGGUCAAGGCUGGUCUGGGCUUUGUAAAAAGCACUUCAUGGCACCAGAGUGAUGUCUUAAGGAGAGGUGUCAGAGCUAAGUCGGAACAUGAGCGAAAAGCAUCACCAUCCCUGAAGAGUAAAGGCUCUGGACCCGAGCUCUCUCCUCCCAGGAAAAAGAACGCUGUGGAGUUCAGGCUCGCUGCCUCGCUGCUGUCUAAUCAGGUGUCAGUUAUCACAAAGCAGGCAAGACCCGAGAAGAUACCAGGUGCUGAACUGGAACAUGGGAGCCUCCGCGGGAACGAGCCCACCCUUGCAGCUGACCACAGCGAUGCUGCAGCUGACCACAUGCCAUUCGCAGCAGAGUGUGGCGGGGAGCGAGACAGCGCAGCACAGGACAGCAGGGAGGCGGCUGCCGUCAGGAGCGCUUCCCCAGAAGGGCCUACCUCCAGGGAAGAGUCAGAUGUCAGUUCUCCAAGUGGUUCUCUGCCAGUAGAAAAUUCUGAUUGUUCCACAAAUACUGAAUUAUCUUUCUCUUCUGAAAGCAUCUGUGUCCAAAACCAAGAUGCCCUGAGGGAAGCUGAGGAGCAGGGAGAAGCUGUGGUGCAGAAGGAAAGGCAGCUUCCUCAGGUCACAGAUCCAGACUUGAGUGGGAUGGGUGGCACUGAGCCUGCAGCCACAGAAGUGACAGUGUUGGGAGGCUUUCCAGUUGAAGAGAAGCCCUGUGAGGCCCUGGCUGAUGCAGACAGUCCUCCUAGUCCUCAGCAAAAUGCUAAUGAACUUCUGGAGUUGGAAUCUCAAACUCCUGGCAGGGCGCUUCCCAAAUGUCUGGUCACUACAGGCACGUCUUUGUCUCCAGCGUUUUGCAGAAAAGUUGGAGAGGUGCAAGAUACCACCCCCAACGGCCUUGCUGGCACGUUAUGUAGUUAUACAGGCAUUCGGGAGGAAAGGGAGGACACCGAGGUAGAGGAGAGUGAGGGCCCCAGCUGCAGUGAGGGGGAACAGGAGCCUGAAGCUGUGGUGGGGGGCAGGCAGCACGGUGCACCUGCAGACCCCCAGGAGGGUGCAGGAGGUGCUGGUGCUGGUGAGGCCGAGGCCAGGCCUUCUUUAGAGGUAGGUUAUUUGACCUCAGCUUUGCAAGAUUUCAGUUUAAGUGCUUUCACUGAGCUGGACAGACUCUCCACAUCAGAGGUUGUUAUGUUUCUUGAGAGUUGUCAGUUAAGAGAUUGUAGUUCAGGGGACUCUGUUUCAGAAUGUUCUAGUAAAGAAUCCCUAAGUAAAGAAAUGAGCAAAGAAUCAAAGCAAAAUGAAAUAUUGGGAGAAAAAUGUGGAAAGCAGCUUUGUGAAGAAGAAACCCUUGGAACUUCUGAAGAAUGGAUUGAAUCAGAAGAUGAUUAUUCUUUGCAAAACACAAGCCAGCUCACUCCAUGUUCUCUGGAAACACUGUCUGAGGUUCUCACCAAAAUUGGGCAGGAACUUCAGACACAUCAUGAAGAUGGUAAUGGUAAAGACCCUGGUAAUGUACUGCUCUUAAAUGAACAGGACAGCAUGACAGCUGACAGUGUCAGAGAGGAAGUCCCACCUCAGGAGGCGGUGGGCAGCUUGUCACAUGCUUCCGAACCACCACUCCUGGAGGCCGACUUGGACCCCAGAGACAAUUCUCCUGUUAGCAGCAGACCUAGUGAUGAAAACACUCAGAGCCAGCCAGAGGACAGCGCAGAUGCCAGUGGACAGGCAGAUGGUGGGGACGAGCUGCAGGUAGAGGUGGAGCCGGCAGAGGUGGAAGCCCUCUGUGUGGAUGACACAGUAGAGACAGUGAUAGAGCAAAGUGCUAGUUGUGAGGUCGAGACGACAUUUCAGUGUCAGAUAUCGACUGUGACCUCAGAAGUUAUAAAUGUGCUGAUCAAUAAGGAUCAGAAUUUAGUCAUCGAGAAGGGGGACAACUGGACAGUCAUCAGUGGUGUGGCCGUCAUUCCACAUGUGGACCAGGUCACACUGUGUGACGCUCCUGGAGAUCUACCUGUUUCUCAGGACCAAGGAGGACUAGAAGCUGGUUGUGCCACAGUGACUUCUGUUGAGAAGUCCCCAGAGGGCAGUCAUGCUGGCCCUCCAAUUCAGGAACCUCAAGAACCUCCACGUGGCAGUAGUCUUUCAUGCCCCCAACAAGCUGUUUCAAGCAGUGGUCAGAGCACCAACUUUGAUAAAAGUCGUUUGCGGAAUAGACCCGUUAAACCUAGUAUAUGGGUUAGUUCUCUAAUAUACGAUCAAGACUUUGACUCCCAGACUAUGCCAUCUGAUCACACAUAUUAUAACUCGAAACUGGAGUCAUCUGGCAAAUGUAAAAAUCGGUCGAAGAGUUCAAGUAAAGAUCAAUCACACAAAGCAGUAAAGACUUCAAGCAGAGCUGAAGCUCAUCAGAGUGAAGUUUCUCAGUCAUUUUCAGGGGAAAAAGGUAAUACAAAAACUCAAAGAAGUCAAACUCAGACUAUUUUAGCAAAUGCUGAUACAUCUACAGAUUGUUCUCCUGACACGCUGAGUAAAAUACGGCAAGAAGUGGGGCCGCCUCUGCCUCCUCUGCUGGCCCCUCUGAUAGCCACACCGCCAAGGACUUCACAGCCGCUUUCUCCCCUGCCAGCGAGUUCUAGUCCUUCCUCACCAGCCUCUCCCGUCGGCCCGAUGUCUCCCUUCUGUGAAAUCCCAGUUCCUCCUGCGAUGUCUUCAUGGCCAGAAGAGUCCAGGCGCACCUCUCCUCCGGGCCCUUCUCCAUCUCCGUCUGCUGCACCAGCAGGUGAGAGGAUAGUGUCGUCUCCUCUGCAGUUCUGUGCAGCCACGCCAAAGCACGCACUCCCUGUGCCUGGCAGACUGCCGCCCUGCGCAUCUGGGCCUGCUGCUGUGGGAGGGCCCCAGGAGAAUUCCGUUAAAAUCCUUGACACCAUGUACCCUGAGUUAUCUGCCAGGGCCCGAACCCUCAACAUCCUCAAAGGGAAUAUUCAGUUCACUCGAGGGCCACCCACUAACAGUAAAAAUUUAUCAGGGCCUGUAAGUGCGAUGAUAGGAUUCAAAGCAAUCACUUCAACAUCAACUGCUUUUGUCAAAACAGGGAGCAGCUCUGGUGGCGACUGUAACCAAGAUAAAGCAAGAGAUCUGGGGACUCAGCAGAAUUCCACUGGGAAGAGAACAUUGUCAGUCUCUGCGCCAAGGAGCGCUAAGAGAUUGCGCCUGGACAGUGGAUCCCCAGAACCAAAAACCAGGGGGGCCUCUGCAGAAGGAAUCCACAAGAACCUUCAGAGAAAUGUCCCUCAAGCCGAAGUAACAACAGAGGAGGAAAGAAGUUGUUCUAGUCCAACUGUCAGUGCAGUGUCACAGUUGCCUUUAAACCCAAAAGAGACUGUGGAGUCACAUGAUAAAGCCAUAGCCAGUGCCCUGAAGAAGAUUGCAGAGUUCUCCUUCGAUCUGUUACCUGUCAUUCGCAGUCACGUGUAUGUGGGAAAUAUCUCCAAAAAGCCUGUAAUGAGAGAUCAAGAAAAAGAAGUUGUUUGUGAAUUUAGUACAACAAAAAAGCAUUUAGCAGAGUGCUUGCUUCACUCUAUUCUCUCAGAACUAAAAAUUCAGAAGAUGUCUACAGACCAGAAUUAUAUUCAUGCCCUCUGCAGAGUGUAUGUGGGCAUUUGUCGGCAACUUGGAGACUUGGAAAGAGCUCGCUUGUUUUGCUACAGUCUACUCAAGGAAGAUUUUCCAGAGUCUGAGAAACUGACUUUGUUCAUUGCAAACAUGUGGCACGAUGUGUUUCUCUCCCAGUCGGUGAUAAAUAAUGCGAUGCAGUUGGUCGCCAGGCAACGCGCUAAAGGAGAGGUUCUGAACUGCUUGAGAGCCUUUCUCAAUUGGGAAAAGAAUGCUCCUGUCGAUGUUGGCUUCAUGGUUUCUAAGCUGCUUUUGACCAUACAGUUAUGUCCAAAAACAGAAUUUCAGUCUAGUGAAAAAUUUGGUGAAGACCUAAGUGAUACUACGUGGGAAUAUAUAUUUGCCAUCGAUCUCCUCUGCUGCCAUCAGAAAUGGAUUUGGACACAUGAUAACAUCAUAAGUAAGGAACUGUGGCCUGUAAUGGAUAAGUGGAUAAAAUACAGAAAAGGACAUGCAAACAUUGCUUAUAUCCCUGACAUCAUUAUAGCAUCAAUACUGAGGCUCAUUGGUCGUUUAGGCCAAUUGGGUUUGAAGGAAGGAUUUCCAUCUGCUGUGAAAAAUAUUAGUUCGGUUAUUGGUAUGUUUAUACAGCAUGCUCAGGAUGAAGACAUACCAUGGGGUAUACAGUUGGCAGCCGUAUAUGCUCUUUGUGACUUGAGUCCCAGCAAUCCCGAAGAAAUUUCCAAGAUCCUGGAAGCUUGGCGGAGAGAGGCCUCCAAAAGCAUCCCAUCUGCAAUCCUCAGCUACCUAGAAGAAGUCAGCGCCCUAAGCGCAGAGGAGCUCGGCUGACACAGGCUAGGCCAUGUGGCUGGAGAUGGAGAAGUGCCUUGACACAUUUUGAAUAUAAAUAGAUUACUCAGCUUUCAGAUAAAAAGGAAGGUUUAAAGAAAAGGCAACACAGAUAAACUGACAAGAGGCUCUCCUGAUUGUGUGGCAAGGAGGCAGGAGAAACAAACAUUUGCACAGUUGUUUUUCCCUAAAUCACAUGCAUUUCACUUAAGGCUAUUGUGAUCAUGUGGCAUGUGGAUUGUAUUACCGUGUCUUGGUCAAACAACAGAAACUUGAAUUUAGCCCUUUUUUUGCUGCAGAAAGUGUCCUUUUAGUGGCUUUUUAAAAUUGAGUGGCAUUUUAUAAUGAACUUACCAAUAUAAAAACAUGAUUUGGUUCCUGAACUGUUUUGGGAUUUGUGCUCAAACAAGUGACUGGGAAGAAAUAAAUUGGUACCACAAAGGCCAGGAAGAGCUUUCCACUUGUUAGCUGGGAAUGGGCUAUGAGAGUCUUCUCAGGAGGUAGUGUGUAGUUUGUCAGAGUGAAACACGGAGGCCCCUAGCAGAAACUCACUUUAAUGCAUUUUCUUUAUAUCUCUAAAUUCCUUAAAAAUAUUUAACUAUAUAUCAGGAAGAGGAGAACUGAAGAAAAUUUCCCUGGCAGGUUUGUGUAUCAGUGACGUGUGUGAGCGACUCAGAGGUGCGCGCAGGCCACGCCCUGUGCGCUGUGUACAUACUGUGCUAUGAUGUGUCUCACAUUUGAUGAUGUUCCACUUUGGGAAUUCUAGUAUUUGUAUAUAGAAAAUGGGUUUAAUAACUCACCGUGGUUCUGAUUUGUCUUAUAUUCAUCAUUUCUUAAAACUCUUGUAUGUGUUUUAUAAUAAAAAAUAAAAGUAAGCCAUGCUUGUUACUGUUCUGA